AUGUCGCAGCCCCAGGCUUUCACCAUCCGCGAUAUUCGCGAGGCUGCAACAGCCAAGAUCGAUAGGAAAUGGGCCGAAUAUCUCAACGAAGGCGCCAUGGAUCUCGUCACUGUCAAGGCAAACGAAGCAGCAUACGACCGCUACCGGAUAAUGCCUCGGAUCCUUCGUAACGUUGCCGAAGUCGAUACAAGCACUACUAUUUUCGGUGCUAAGAUCUCAUUUCCGUUUGGGUUCUCCCCUGCUGCCAUGCACUGUAUAGCACAUCCAGAUGGUGAAGUAGGUACUUCACGGGCUGCUGCCAAGGCAGGCAUCGCCAUGGGUUUGUCGCAUUGGGCGACUAAGUCUCUAGAAGAUGUCAUUGACGCGGGGAAGGAAAUCGGUACGGGGAACCCAUAUGGCCUCCAAACAUCGAGUGCAAACCAGAAGAAAUACACUGUGGAAUUGCUCAAGAGAGCUGAAAAGGUCGGCUUCAAGGCUCUUUUGAUGACUGUCGACGCCCCGACAAUUGGAAGGCGGCUCAAUGAGUAA